UGAGAUGAUUUGUUGUCGCGUCAACCUUCGAUUUUUCAGCUGCAAGGGAUGAGUAGCGUCACAGUGCUCUGCCCGAAUGCCAGGCGAUGCACUGUGAAGGUUACACCGGGAACGCUUCUGAAGCAGGUGCUUGAAGAGGCUUGUCUGAAGGAGGGAUUUGAGCUGGAUGCUUUCUAUCUCACCAAUCAAAAACGACGAGUAGAUCUUGCGUUACCAUUCCGGCUCAGCGGCUUACCCAACAAUGCAACUCUUGAAAUGGUCCAGGCUUCCGGGGCAGGCGCUGGAGCUGUGGCUACAAUCGCGUUGCAGGUUCCCCUUCGUGUUCGAAUGGAAAGGCAGUUUGCUGUGAAUGAGUCUCUUUGGUCGAUGUUGCAAGCUUUCUCGGAAAUGUUUGGUGAAAAUUUGACAGCAUCACAAGGCGAGCUUGUCCCAUGUUGUUUCUAUAUGAAUCGUCAGUACUCGGGUGAAGAAGAACUCCAACAUGUCACACUCUCUUCCAUUGGAAUCGUCUCGGGAAGAUGUUUGAUCAGGUACCAGCGCUUACAACUUACGGAUGAACAGAAAGCUGAGAUUGCUUGGAGACUAGCAGAGGACGCUGCGAAGAAGGAAGCUUUGUUAUCGCAUUACGCGCAGAAGAAAACUGAGAAUGAAGUUAGGGAACGGUUGGAAGCUACUAGAUUAGCGCAAUUUGAGGAGGAAAUCCGCUUGGAGCGAGAGAGGAAGCAAGCAGAGCAGCCCCAGUCAUCUCAUUCAGUCCCACAGAGUGUAGCACAGCCUGUCACAAAUCCGUUUGUUCGAGAUGUGCUGGGCAGUCCACCUCGGAACCAAAGCGGAUGGUCUUUCGACGCACCUAUGUUCUCUACAGCACCCGAAAGCGCUGGUAACGAUCGCUUAUCUAACCUAAAUAGACUUCUUCACCAGGUGGAUACCUCACUAACCACUCCAAGUUUUCAACAAAGCGAGAGGAUAACAAACAUUUUGGCAGACCAGGGAAGAGUCCCUCUUUCACGUCUAGCUGUUGAAGCUAUGGAAGAGGACACAACAAAUGCAAUCCCAGCGGCAUCUUCCGUACCUCCAUGUGAUCGUCAAUCUGUGAUAUUUUUCCGGGAAGUUGAGCCCGAUCAAGUAGAUUCUCAGCUAACUGAAGAAUUUUUUGAAGUUGGUAUAGAUGAUCUGAAGAGUCGGCAAAAGGAAUUGCACGAAGAAGUGCAAAUGCUGACUCAACGAGCAUUGGUUCCAAAAGUGUACAUAAGCAGAAAAAACCGGGAAGCAAAACUUGAUGCAUAUCGUCAUACUGUGAUUCGCAUUCCUAUCGGACAAGAACGGUUGAUUCAAGCAAAUUUCAAUAGCGGAGAACCAGUCUCACGUCUAUAUGAGUGGGUGCGCAGUGUGUUGUCACGGAACGUACCUUUCUCCCUUCAUCUAGUCCUUAAUGAACCGGUGGAAGAUACUGAUGCAAAGAACUUCGUAGAUAUGGACUUGGCGCCGAAAUCAACGGUCUUUUUGAAGUUGAAAGAUUCAAAGAUUAACAUAGAUACGUUGAUAAGUCAGCGAUUGCUCGAAUGCACCAAUGAAGAAGCAAACAAACUCAGUGCUGACUGGCUAUCGGUGAACACCAUAUUCACCCCAUUCGUGGGUGUUGUUGUGGAAGGCGAUCGCAAUGGAAAGCGGCCAGCUAGUAGUGUUCAUGCUACAACUUCAGAGUUCGUACCUCCACCACAAAAAGCAACCCCUGCACCCAAAUGGCUGAAGAGAUGAUAUAUCAUUCCUUAAUAACCGCUUGUUUUAUACUCGCUUGAGCAGUUCAUAACUACGCGUAACUCAUAUGAUUGCCUAUGUACUCACAUUUAGAAAAUAAAUUAUUUUCGCCCAGC